UCCGGAAACUGGAGCGGGUGUUCCCGGAGUCUCCCCGUCGUCGAUAUCUGGAAUCCCGCAUCCCCGGAGCUCACACCUGAACCACGGCAUCCGAGACCCUGCGCCUCGCACCUCCAGCGCACUGCGCCCUGGAGUGCCCGUGUUUCCCCCUAAGCCUCGUAACCGCCUCAGCCUAGGCCGCCUGCCUCGGCGGAGAGCCCCUUCCUUCCGCCAUGGCUGCCCCCGACUUGUCUACUAACCUCCAGGAGGAAGCCACCUGCGCUAUCUGCCUCGACUACUUCACCGACCCCGUGAUGACAGACUGCGGCCACAACUUCUGUCGCGAGUGCAUUCGGCGCUGCUGGGGCCAGCCCGAGGGACCUUACGCCUGCCCCGAGUGCCGAGAGCUGUCCCCGCAGAGGAACCUGCGGCCUAAUCGCCCUCUGGCCAAGAUGGCCGAAAUGGCGCGGCGCCUCCACCCUCCCUCGCCGGUGCCCCAGGGCGUGUGCGCCGCACACCGCGAGCCGCUGGCCGCCUUCUGUGGCGAGGAGCUGCGCCUGCUGUGCGCCGGCUGCGAGCGCUCCGGGGAGCACUGGACUCACCGCGUACGCCCGCUGCAGGAAGCCGCCGACGACCUCAAGGUGCAGCCCGGGGACAGGGUACGCCCUGUCCGGGGUGGGGGAGGCUGGAGAAGUCACUGGAGCACCUACGGAAGCAAAUGGAGGAUGCACUGCUCUUCCAAGCCCAGGCUGAGGAAACCUGUGCCUUGUGGCAGGCAGAAGAUGGUGGAGAGCCAGCGGCAAAAUGUGCUUGAUGAGUUCCAGCGGUUGCACCGCUUGCUGGUGGAGGAGGAACAAAAACUGCUGCAAAAACUAGAGGAGGAAGAGCUAGAAGUGUUGCCGAGACUGCGUGAGGGUGCCACAAGGCUUGGCCAGCAGAGCACCCAGUUGGCCACACUCAUUGCCGAGCUUGAGGGCCGUUGCCAGCUGCCAGCAUUGGGGCUGCUGCAGGAUAUUAAGGACGCCCUGCGCAGGGCCCAGGACGUGAAGCUGCAGCCUCCGGAGGUGGUGCCCAUGGAGCUGAGAACUGUGUGCAGGGUCCCAGGGUUGGUGGAGACCCUGCAGAAAUUUCAAGUGGAUAUGACUUUGGACCCAGACACUGCCAACCCCGAGCUGGUCCUGUCUGAGGACAGAAGGAGUGUGCAGAGAGGAGAACAGCGGCAGGCCCUGCCUGAUAAUGCUGAGCGUUUCGACCCCAGCCCUUGUGUGCUGGGCCAGGAACGCUUCACCUCCGGCCGCCACUACUGGGAGGUGGAGGUCGGGGAUCGUACCAGCUGGGCCCUGGGUGUUUGCCGAGACAAUGUCAACCGGAAGGAGAAAGGGGAGCUGUCGGCUGGCAAUGGGUUCUGGAUUCUGGUGUUCCUCGGCAGCUAUUACAACUCCACAGAGCCAGCCUUCUCCCCACUCCGGGACCCUCCCAGGCGUGUGGGGAUCUUUCUGGACUAUGAGGCUGGACAUCUCUCAUUCUACAGUGUGACUGAUGGGUCACUGUUGUUCAUCUUCCCUGAGACUCCCUUCUCUGGCAUACUUCGACCCCUCUUCUCACCUCUGUCAAGCAGUCCAACCCCUAUGACUAUCUGCUGGCUAAAAGGAGGGCCUGGGGAUGCCCUAGCUCCCCAGUGACCCAAGAGAUUGGGGAAUCCCUUCACUUCUCCUGGCCCCUUUGCCUGACUUCUGAGCCCAUCCUCCAUGAGAGGAUCUGACACAGGGAGCAUGUCCAUUGAGCAGUGGGAGGAGCACUAGUGCCUUUCUGUGUGUGGGAAACCCGGGUUCUGUUAGGCUGUGCAGAUGGGGUUUGGGAGGGCUUUGCCCUCCAUGUGGGAUUCCUCCAUGCUAGCAUGCCAGU